CGCAUGUACUACUUAUUUCAACUCCGAGACCACUACAUCAUUAGUCAAAUGCAACUGCGAAGAAAAUUCUUCGGGAAAAGCAAACCCGCAUUUCCUUUAAUCAAGUACCAACUAAAUGCCAUCACGCGUCUCUAAUAACCGCGGGAAACUAUCAAAAUAAAUAGUGACGCGUGCCGCCAUGUGCAUCGCCAUCGGGUUGAACGAGGACGCCCGAAACAACCGAACGAGAGUUUGUUUUGAAUGCUUAUGGCCUCCGAAGUUUGACAAUUUACAUGGUGUUCCCUGUGCGUGUUUUCGCGACGAAAGUGUUUCCCGGCCGAUUAAUUUGCCGCCAAAGUGUAAAUAUGAUGAGAAAAGUGCCGUUGAUCGUUAUUCUAGGCUCCACCGGAACCGGAAAGACAAAACUUUCGGUUGAAUUGGCGCAGAAGUUCGGCGGUGACGUGAUUAGUGCCGAUUCAAUGCAGGUUUAUGCCGAUUUGGACAUUGUAACAGCCAAAGCGACGAAAGAAGAGCAACAAACCGUUCCCCAUCAUUUGCUGGAUGUUGCGAAACCUUCAGAGCCAUUCACAGUCAAGCAUUUUCGUAAUUUGGCUGGACCUAUUAUUGAUGACUUACUAAGUGCUUCUAAAUAUCCAAUCGUGGUUGGCGGAACGAAUUACUACAUCGAGAGUCUUCUAUGGGAUAUACUUGUCAGCCCACCGACUUCAGUAACUUCAUCAGCGUCUUCCAAAAUGGUCAAAGAUUCGUUGAAAAGUAGAAGUGGUAGUAGCUCCCCGGAGAUGAUGCAACGUGAAGAUGAUCGCGAUGGAGAUUCAUCGACGCCUUCGGAUGAGAUCAGUGAUCUUGAACUUGAGACUAUGUCACCCAAAGAACUCCACGAUCGUUUGAGGCAAGUUGAUCCCAUCUCGGCCGGUCGUUUACAUCCCAACAACAAAAGGAAAAUAUUGCGGGCCCUCGAGGUUUAUCAGGAAACAGGUAUACCAAUUAGCGAAUUUAUCAAAGAACAGCGCAGUCAACCAGGUGGAAACAGAUUGGGUGGACCGUUACGAUACCCACAUACGAUUUUACUUUGGCUUAGAUGCAACCAGGAAGUUUUAAACGAACGAUUAGAUAAGCGAGUGGACUCGAUGUUACAUAAUGGCCUUCUUCCUGAAGUUCGCAAUUUUUACGAAACUUACGUGAAAUCACAAAGUGCCAACCAGUACACAAAAGGAAUACUCCAAAGUAUAGGUUUCAAAGAAUUUGUACCAUAUUUGGAGAAAUUCGGCGCAGAUCAAGAUACAAUUAUUGAUAAUUUCUUACAAAAUAUUGAAUAUAAAUUACCAAAAGAGCCAAUUGCUUCGGAGCCUGAGGGCUUGGAUCUAUUGCGGAAAUGUCUGGACGAACUAAAGCUAGUAACGAGACGUUAUUCAAAAAAACAAAUUAAAUGGAUACAAAAUCGAUUCCUGGGGAGUCAUGAUCGGCAAGUGCCCCCUCUCUACUCGCUCGAUACAUCGGACGUUAGCCAAUGGAUGGCUAAUGUCUACUCACCGGCCGUCGAUAUAAUCGAAUCAUAUAUCAAUGAACGGCAACCGAAAACUACUCCAAUGGAAUCAGUUCAACAUCCGGGUUCGGGACUAAAUGAAGAGGUACUCAACUUCUGUGAAAUAUGCAAGAGGCAUUUUGUUGGCGAAUUUCAGUGGAAAUUACAUUUAGCGUCGAACAAACACAAACGUGCUAAGGACGGGCUGAGAAAACGAGUGAAACGGCUUGGGGGUGGAACAAUAGGCGGCCGAGGGGAUGUUGAUGGCAGUAGUGCUAAGAAAUAAAUACACAUACUUUUUGUUUUUCUUUUAUUGUUUACAAUAUUAUUCAGCAUUUUCUUGCUUUUAUUGUCGAUAGAGAUCGACAAAAACAGUCGAUAUAUUACAAGGAGAAUAGACGAGGUGAUUUACAAUGUUGUCUGGAUUUCCUUUGAUACAAUCAUCAAUAUAUGAAUGGAAUGUACAAAUAUUUACUAUAGUUCUCCUGCCUCUUGGAAUUCUCACCUUUAUAUUUACCCUCUUUUAACGUGUAUAAUUUUAAGUGUAUAAGUAACUCAAGUUUUCUUUGAACAAGUUUUCUUUCCAUUCAAACGUGUAUAACGUUAAAGAUAGUUUCUUUUUACUCUAGAAAUAUUUUUAAUGAUUACGUAUAAUUCAAUAAAUAUAUAUAUUCAA